CCGACCGCCUGCGUUUCUAUCCCGAGCCUCCCCACCCGCCGCCGCCUCCUCCGCUCCCCGCCUCAACCUCCUCCAGCCACCUUACCCCCUGGCGCCGCCGUUCCCACCUCUACCUACGCCAGUUUCAUCCCCACCUUCUUCGCCCCUGCCGACCACACAUCCGCCGCCCCUCCAGUGAAGGGAAGACUGGCUGGGCCUCCAAAAGACUGGGUCCUCCCGUCGCCGGACCAGUUCGCCGUCUCCUUUCCCCACGACCACCGCCAUCCCCGAGCUCAUAUUCGCCUCCUCCGCCUCCCUUUCCCACGGGCAUCGCCGCCUCCCUUUCCCACGGGCAUCGCCGCCUCCCUUUCCCACUGCAGCAGGAAUUGCACGCCGUCAUCUGCCACGGGCAGCUUUCUCCAACUUCUAGCAGAUCUAGCUUAGGCUCAAUGUCAACUAUUUCUGAUCAGAAGAGACAGACCUUAGAAGCCAUUCAACAACGGUAUGCGGCAGUUAAAGCUAAGCAACUACAAGGUGAACAGCUUAAACUUCAGAAGAACAAAGAUAGUACCCCCAAGCCCAAGUUUGAUCCACAGAGGAAACUCAAAACUCCUGAAUCCACUCCAUGUCGAACUUCUGCCCAGCUCCCUAUGCUUAAAGCUCAAGCAACUUCCAGUCAUAAACAAAAACCUUCCGCUUCUUCAGGUGAAGAAACCAAUCCUAUAUACUCUGAACUUUCAUUUGCUCUUCAUGGCAAUUUGUCGCAAGAUGACAUUUUGGAUCUCAAUAGCACAGAUGUAGUUCAGAAUGUUCUUUAUGAUAUAAUUCAGAAAGGCGGGGCUGGGAAAAUUACCAAAGGAGCAAAAAAGUUAAAGCUGGAAAAAGGGAUUCUUUUGGAUAACUAUGUCCAGAGGGGUCCUAGGCUAGUGGAUGCACAAUCACGAUCUUUGUUGAUUCAUUCAAAGAGAUCAAAACGACACAUGUCACUGAAGCAGCAUAAGAAAUGUGGGUCAUUUCAUUUACAUGAUACAUUCCACAGGUUUGACCUCUAUAAGCCAAUGCAUGAAAUGUGGAAAGAGUAUAUGCGAGAGCUUACCAAAAGUACCCCGAAAAAGCAAUUGGCUGAAUCCCUCCUUUCAUCAGAUCUUCAUGGGGCCCUUCUAAUAGUGGCACAGUGCAAAGCUGCCUUAUAUCAAGGUGUAAGUGGCAUCAUGAUUCGGGACACUGCAGAAACUUUUGGAAUUAUAUCAGAGGAUAACCACUUCCGAGUUGUACCAAAAGCCGGGUCAGUUUUCGUCCUCCAAGCUGAUUGUUGGAAGGUUACACUGAUGGGCGACAAACUCUCACCAAAGGAGAGGUUGAAGGAGAACCAGCGCCAGCAGCGUGCACAGUCACUGAUCAGAUAGAGCUUCCAGUCUAUUGGACUGCUGUUCUAACAAUUUUGCCCAAAAGGAAUCUGUACAGUUUGCAUUGCUCAGUUCCUGUCACAUAGGCUUAAUUGCAAUAUAUCCCUUCGUGGUCACUCAAUUCUUCUUGCUUCAACUCAACACUGAGAGUUUCUAUAAUGUUUGAACGAGCUUCUCGGGCGGGUUGCAUCCCUGUGGAACCGAAGCAUCCGUGACCAGUCCAAUUUGUGUAAUUCAAAGGGCGUGACUGGUGGCUAAUUUGUAUCUGUUGCGGCUGCGGGAAACUCACUACUGUCGCUCAUCUUGCCGCUUCCAAUUGAUGGCACUCCCUCCUAAAUUCAAGACAAAUUCAGUAA